GUGGAGUCUGGCUCAGUUCGGGUGCAAGGCGGCCACUGGAGGAGAGCAGGGUGCAGCGCCUGCAAGCUUUGGAGAAAGAGCCGCAAUGUUCCGGAUCGAGGGUCUCGCGCCGAAGCUGGACCCCGAGGAGAUGAAGCGGAAGAUGCGCGAGGAUGUGAUCUCCUCCAUUCGGAACUUCCUCAUCUAUGUGGCCCUGCUGCGAGUCACUCCGUAUAUCUUAAAGAAGCUGGACAGCAUAUGAGGAUGGGGAGUCACAUGGAUGCAUGGCAUGAAGAAACCUGGCGACAGUUUCUCCUCCUGUCUGCAGAUGAAUUGGCCCAGAAAGCUGUAAGACUGAUGAAAUGGACAUAAAAACUCUACUUGUUAAGAACAAGUGGAGCUUUGGGAACCGACCUUCAUAGCUGAAAUAUAAAACUAUUUGAGAAGUGCACAAAAGAUGUCUUGUGGUCACGGUGUGCCCUCAGGCCUGUGAUAGCCACCUCUGUGAGUGUUGAUGGAAUUGUCAAAGUGUCGAACUGUAAGGGGUUAGGUCUGAAUGGCACUGUCUUGGCAGUCAUUUCUGUUUACAGCUUCUGUUUCAAGUGUAUUUGUGAAGAGUAAUGGAGUCCGCAUACAUCCACAAUGACAUCUGAGCACAGAACCGUCAGUCUAUAUUUUUAAUAAACAUUCUGAUGAAAAAAGCUUGGGUUUUGGUGGGCUUUGUUUGGUUGGUUGGUUGGUUUUUUUAUUUUUGUUUUUUUGGUCCCACUUUGGCCAUCACUAGUGAAACUGCUGCAAUAUUGA